AUGUCCAAGUACGCCGACCCCGACUACUGGGAGGAGCGGUACCGCAGCAACGACACCACGUACGACUGGUACCUCACCUUCGACAACCUCGAACCCCACCUGCGCCCGGUGCUGCAGCCGCCGGAGCAAAUCCGCGUGCUGGUGGUUGGCUGCGGCAACAGCCGCCUCUCGAUGGGCCUGUACGACGAGCUGAACAUUCGCAAAAUCACCAGCGUCGAUGUUUCACCUACCGUUAUUGCGCAGAUGGAGCGGCGCUGCAAGGCGAAGAGCGAGAUGCAGUGGGUCUGCUGCGAUCUCGUGAACACGUCGCCAGAGAAGCUGCUGACGUUGCUGUGCCCGAACGACCACCUGUUUGACUUCAUCAUUGACAAGGGCCUCAUCGACGCCGUCCUUGGCGGGCAUAACUCUUUUCACAACGUUUACACGCUGAUGAAGAACCUCUCGCGGCUGCUGAAGAAGGGCGGACACUUCCUCUCUGUGUCAUACGGGUCGCCGGAGACCCGCAUAGACCACUUCCGCCGCCGCAAGCUCUACUUUGACGUCGAGCACAAGCCUAUUGAGAAGCCAAUGUUCAGCUCAACAGCGCAGCCGACCGGGCAUUAUCACCUCUACACUGUGACGAAGCUGGGGGAGAAGCAGGUGGUGGCGGUCGGGGGAGGCGCGGGGGGCGGUUUGGAAGGCGUGAACGCCAGUGCCGACUCUGAGUCCGACGAGGAUGAGUUUUACGAUCGCUUCAUGACACAGACGUCUCCGGCGCUGGCGGAAGACGCGAGCCGCAUCCGCACGCUGUAG